AACAUAAGAGUUGCAGGCCUUUUGGAAGACAACGAUAUCUAUCGCAAUGCCCAAGCUGGUGUACUGAUAUCAACGGAAUCAAACCCAACUCUUCGGCGUAAUCGCAUUUUCGAAGGAAAAGCAGCUGGAGUUGAAAUUACAAAUGGUGCCUCCGCAACUUUGGAGGCAAAUCAGUUGUUCCAUAAUAAGUUUGGAGGUCUUUGUCUUGCUACUGAUGUAAAACCGGUAUUGCGUGACAACAAAAUCUAUGAUAAUCAUAACGCCGUGGAAAGAGCUGUUGGACGAGGCCAAUGCUUGUUCAAAAUCAGCAGCUGCACAUCCUUCCCGAUGCAUGAUUUCUACAGAUGUGUGAGCUGCAAUACAACCGAUCGUAACGCUAUCUGCAUCAACUGCAUAAAAAAUUGUCAUCGCGGUCAUACAGUGGAGUUUGUCAGGCAUGAUAGAUUUUUCUGUGAUUGCGGAGCUGGCACACUUGAGCAUCAGUGCCGUUUACAAACGGAGGUGCGCGACAAUGAUACCGUCUAUGACUCUGCCACCCCCACUGGAUCUGAUACACCAAAUAUGUUAUGA